AAAUAACGAAAGAAUAAGAAGCUAGGGUUUUCAACUACUAUACACUCUCUGCGAAACUUCUGUGUUGUGCGAGAUUGUUAGGGAUUCGAAUCUCGCCGCACAAACAACCAUGACGACGGUGGUUCCUACUUCCGAAGAAGACGCCGCUCUUUCCGUUGUUCGAUUCGCCUCCGAGCUUGCCUGGGCUGAUGCUGGUCCCGAGGUUGCUGAGCCUCAAGUUACCAGACUUUGCUUGGAGGCUGAAGAAUUCAUUGCUAUGGGAAAGUGGUUGGAGCUGGCAUCAUUGAUGAUUACUUCCGCUGAAUUGAUUUUCUCAAAAGUUUCUGAAAAAGAUGUAGAGUCCAUCUUCACUAUUGUCUGCAAUCUUGUUACGAAGACUGAGAAUCCAGAUGAAGUCAUGGAGAUUGUGAAAGUUAUAACUGCAAAAUUAGUUCAGCAGCCAAAUGAAAAGCCUGCGGUGCGAUUGAAGAUUUUGAUCAAUUUGUAUAAUCUUUUGGAGACUCCAUACUGCCAGUUUUAUGUCUACAUGAAGGCAUUGAAUUUAGCUGUUGAUGGAAAAGUCACAGAAUACAUCAUACCUUCAUUCAAAAAGAUUGAUAGCUUCUUGAAAGAGUGGAAAAUUGGGACACCAGAACAGAGAGAGCUGUUUCUCACCAUCUCUAAUGUUUUGAAGGAAAACAAAAGCUUGUCAAAGGAUUCUUUCAAGUUCCUCACCAAUUAUCUUGCUACUUUUUCUGGAGAAGAGGCGCAUGUUUUGAGUGAAGCCAAGGAGGAAGCUGUGCGUGCAAUUGUUGAUUUUGUCAAGGCACCUGACGUAUUUCAGUGUGAUUUACUGGACAUGCCUGCUGUUGGGCAACUGGAGAAUGAUGCCAAAUAUGCUCUGUUAUAUCAACUUCUCAAGAUUUUUCUUACUCAGAGGCUUGAUGCAUACUUAGAGUAUCACACUGCAAAUUCCACCUUAUUGAAUGACUAUGGCCUUGUGCAUGAAGAAUGCAUUGCAAAAAUGAGAUUGAUGUCAUUGGUUGAUCUCAGUGCUGAUGGAUCUGGCCAAAUUCCUUAUGAACUUAUUAGGGACACACUUCAGAUCAAUGAUGAUGAAGUUGAACUAUGGGUUUUUAAAGCAAUAACUGCAAAGUUAAUUGACUGUAAGAUGGACCAAAUGAAUCAAGUUGUCCUUGUUAGGUAUGUUGCAUCUCAAUUUCUAGCCUUUAGUCUGGCUAUAGGGCAUGUUGACAUGCACCUUAUGGCUGUAGCUAUUUCUUUCUUCGUAAAUUCGAUUCUAGUUUUAAAAUAUUAUACACAAUUUAAUGCAAGUGUUGAUAUGUGCAGUCAUCACACUGAUCGGGUGUUUGGUCAGCAUCAAUGGCAAACACUGAGAACAAAGCUAGUGACUUGGAGGGGAAAUAUUUCAAAUGUGAUCAGUACCAUUCAGGCCAACAAAGUAUCAGAAGAUGGGUCCCAGGCAGCCCAAGGUUUGGCAGUUCGCUGAGGACUUGAUCAUCUGAAGCAUUUUGUCAAGUAUCUAGAUUAUAUCCAGGUCGAUUUUUUUUAAUCUUCAAGAGAGAGAGAGAGAGAGAUAAGAAGAAGGAAGAGAUUGUAAUUUGUUUUGUUUACUAUAUUUUCAUUAUAGUUUUUGGCUGUAGACUCUAAUUGUACUACUAACUUUAGGAGAGAGAGGCCAUUUUGAAAUUUUGAUUGGAAUCUGCUACGAGUAUAUUAUUAUAAUGUUGGACUGUGAAACCAUUUGAUUU